GAUCGCAGCCAACUAGGAAGUAGCUACGUUCGCCCAAGUCACACCGAGCGUAGGAAUGUCAGUCGAGAUCGUUUCGUAAACAUCCGCGACAAAGAUGUCCUCACCGUUUGAAAAAAUCAUCGAUGAUGGGUUUUGACGUGGCCCAUCACAAAUGAUUUUUAUCACCCGGCUUUUAAUUACCCUAAUUUUCGUCCGCCAAUCAGUGGGUGUUUAUAGUUAGCUAACAAAAGUAACGUCGAUUUUAAACGGAAUAGUGAAUCAUCAUCGCACGUCUGUGUGUGGCAUCAGCUGGACGUGUGAUCGCCGGCAAUUAGUUAGUUAAAGGAACGAGAAAAAAAUCGUUGUUAUGUUGGUUUGAAUGCAGCUACCAGCUUCCAGCUUUGUCUCCUGCCUGCUCCUGCCUGUCCGUGGAAGACCGGAAGCCUGCCAAAAUGCGACGCACUAGCCGCAACUCGUUCAACUUCGAUUUCCCCCUGAGACGCUUACUGCUGCAGGGAGCCCGGGCAGCCCGCGGAAGUCCCCCACUCGGCCAGCGACUGUGCGAUGCUGAGAAGGGCAGCGGAUCCGGCGGCGGAAGCACCGCCAACGCGGGAGGAAAGCACGAUAAGACUGGGUCGUCUGGCGGCAAUAAGCACAAUUCCGAUGUAUCCUCGCAACAUUCGGCCAACUCGCCGGGCAACCUGGACCGUGGCACGUCCAGCGCAAAACUCACACCCAGCAGCCACAAAUCGUCGCACAGUCUGCACAGCAAGGGAGGUGGCUCCAGUGGGACCGGGUGUGGCUCGAACGCAUCGACCGCGGCUGGCUCGAGCGCAGCAGGAGCGGUCGGUGGCAAAUGUCCCGACGAGUGUCCGCUGUGCUACGACACCACCGUGCCGUCGGGCGAGGAGUUUUACGCGUUGCUGAACUGCAAACACUACGCGUGCCGGGCGUGCCUCGAAAACUAUCUGAUGAUCGAGAUAUCGGAGUCGCGGACGGACAUUUCGUGUCCCCAGUGCACCGAGUCGAUGCACCCGACCGACAUCCAGGCGCUGCUGAAGGCGUUUCCGGCGGCCAUCACCAAGUACGAGGACUUUAUGGUGCGAAGGGUACUGCUGGCCGAUCCGGACUCGCGCUGGUGCCCGGGACCGGACUGUAGCUACGCCGUCAUCGCUAGCGGGUGCGCGUCCUGCCCGCGCAUAUGCUGCCAGCGGCCCGGGUGCGAUGUGCAGUUCUGCUACCACUGCAAGGCCGAGUGGCACCCGGACCAGACCUGCGAUGCGGCUCGCGCUUCCCGCCAAAGUCCGACGCGCGCCCCGUCCGGUAGUAUUAGAAAAAGCUCACAGCAUAAAGAUGACAUCAAACCAUGCCCCCGCUGUCAGGUGCUGAUCGUGAAGAUGGACGACGGUUCCUGCAACCACAUGGUGUGCGCCAUUUGUGGGUCCGAGUUUUGCUGGCUGUGCAUGAAGGAGAUCAGCGAUCUGCACUAUCUCAGCCCGUCCGGCUGCACGUUCUGGGGCAAGAAGCCGUGGUCACGCAAAAAGAAACUGCUCUGGCAGCUCGGUACGCUGGUGGGAGCCCCGCUCGGUAUCGCUCUGGUGGCCGGAAUUGCCGUUCCCGCGAUGAUCAUCGGUAUUCCUGUUUGGGUUGGACGCAAAAUACACACACGCUACAAGGCUGCCGGCAAGCAUAAACGAAACUUUGCCGUUCUGGGAGGAGUGACGGCAUCGGUUAUCGUUUCGCCUGUUCUUGCGGGGUUGGCCGUUGCCAUCGGUGUGCCAAUAUUGUUGUUUUAUGUGUACGGCGUCGUUCCCGUGUCGCUGUGCCGUGCCGGUUGCGGCGAAGGUACGAAGUUUGAGUUUGACGAGGAAGAAGAUAACGGUUCCAGAAACCACGAUGCAGCCAGCGUGGAUGCGGUGUCGCGCAUCGGCGCUACCAGCAUUGGUGAGGUGAGCUUAAGCGUGGCCAGUGGUAGUCAUCUCGGUGUAUCCAGUCAGCAUUCGACGUACGGUGUGGCGAACCCAUCGACCACCGCACUCGCCGGCAGCAUCACUGGACACCGUCUGGAGGUACAGGCCGAUGUGAGCACUUCGGAAACAGCGUCAGCCGUAACGUGUGUUAGUGAAAAAUCUGGCAACACGUUGAACGAUGCGGCGUCGACGAAGGCGCUGGCCGGCUCAAUACUGAGCUACAAGCAGCAAACCGAAUCCAGCGCCUUCAGUGAAGAUGGUGCCUCGGAGCGGGUCCGCUUCGACAAUACCGUGUGUUACGUCAUCGAUGGCAAGAAGGACUCCUGUGAUAUCUGGUACACUGUCUCGUUGGAUCAGGAAACGGCCGCCGAUAAGGCGAGUUUGGGUAGUGGUCGCUCAUUCCGAAGCUCCGAGCGAUCGUUUAGGGACGAUUUUGACUCAACCAGUGUAUCGUCAGCUCACAAGCGCAUCAACUUUGGCAAACUCAUACCGAAGCUUGGUUCCGGUCAGCACCGAAACCUCUCCGUGGACAGUGCAACCGGAUCGUACAACAUCCCCGAGAACGUUAGUCUAGAGCAGGAAUUGGAACAGGAGGAGACCACUCCUGUCCCUGCAAACUCGCAGCAGCUACAAUCGCAGUCCCAACAGCAGCAGCAGCUAGCAGCAGCGGCCACACAACAACCGCUGCAGCCAUCGUCCCUGAAUCAUCCGUCACCGCACCAACGUUCGAACUCACUGAACCCAUCGCCCCAGCUGUCCAUGCGAAACGGUACGGCGGCCGCCGUGGCAACACGUUCGAUCGCCAGCAGCAGUGAGCUGGCCAGAUCUAGUGAGGCCAUCAAUCUGGCGAUUCUAAUUGAACGAUCGGCACUGGCGACGUUGGUGGCCGCUAACGAAACGGCUCAAAAUCGAACCAACGAAUCGAAACCAACUCGUGCGUCGAUGUCGAGCACCAACUCCUCGGCAUCAUCCUCAGCGCUGGCCGGUGGAGAGGCAGAAGAGUCGUUACCGGAGCGACCACCCGCUUCAGCACCGAAAUCACGGACACACAUUUUGCGAAAUCUGUUCUUCUCCCUUCCUAACCCUAGUGAAGCUUCAACGGCCGGUGUGGUCGAGUAUGGUCCGAAAAUGAAGGUCGCAGCGGAAGCGGCGAGCAUGGCAUCGUCCUCUUCGCAAUCUUCCGCCUCCCAGAUGCGAUGAGUGGCGCUGGUAUCAGCUUUUGAUACAUAACAACACAACGUGAACCAUUAACCACUGCGGGAAGAAAUUUAACACAAACAUGCAUUUGGGAUAUCCCGCCACCAGGAAAUGGUAGUGCAAGAGAACUGUGAAACCGAAGAACGAAUACUUUUCCAGCAUUGCUCUUAGUGUUUCGUUCCUCUUGAUUUUCGCCGUUAUCCUCCAGGGUCAGGGUAUAUCAUCCAUCAAACGAUAUCACAAGACUGCGAACGCGCAUAAGGUUCUAAAAAAGCAUCUCUUUGCUGGUUAUACAAACAAACAAAAAUAGUAGAAAAUCAUGUCCGUCGUGAGGUACUAGCGAAGACUAAUCGGUUUCAAAACCGAAGGGAUCGGUUUUGUUACCUUCGAAAGAGCGCGGCAGGCAAUAGUGGAGUUGGCGUGAUUGCGUCAAUUGCCACUUUAUUGUUUUUUGAGGCUGAAAUCCCGUAGAGACAGAAGCGAGGCAAGGAGAGCGAGGGGACAAUAUAAGGGAUAGUUGACAUAACCAUGUUCGUGAACGAUGGUACGACAGUGAGAGGAAGCGACAGAUAGAAUUUGGGAAGGAUUAUAGUGCGUUCCGAAACGCGUCGUAUAAUAAUUAAGUUGCAGAGCGGGGUUUCGUUCGAAAACGGUGUUAAAAUCCUUAACAGCAAAUUUCCUCUCUUGAUUAUGGGAUAUUUUUUCGUUCGUUUUUUUCUAUUUAACGCAACAGAAGAGAGCAAGGGCCAGCAGUGUUUAUGCAAGUAAUUCGCAUCGAGUAACGAAAGGUGGUCAGAGUGAGAGAAUGUGAUGAAUGAUGCAUGAAAUAUAGACUUUAAAAU